ACCACUGUCUGAAGUUAAACAACAGCAACUUCCCCUCUCUUUCCUUGUCUCUCUCCUCCCUCUCAAAGCAUAGCUGAGAAGAGAAAACAAAGGCAUGGCGGUGGUGAGUCGCAGAGAGAAAGCGCAGUCUCUUAGCAAAUCGAAGGUCGGCGCCGCCAUAGCAGUUGGAGUCCUUCUCGGCUGCGUCUUCGCCUUCUGCUUCCCCAGUGGCUUCCUUUCCAUUUCCAAUCCGGCCGCCAUUCUCAAUCGCAACUUCGCUAAAUCGAUCGCCCAGGUUGGUUCUUCCCCGUGCGAGUCGUCUGAACGGAUCAACCUGUUGAAGUCAGAGUUUGUUGCAGCAUCUGAGAAAAAUGCCGAGUUGAAGAAGCAUGUUAGAGAAUUGACUGAAAAGAUUCGGUUGGCUGAGCAAAGGAAAGAUCAGGCAGAGAAACAAGUUCUUGUGUUGGGAGAUCAAAAGAAAGCUGGGCCUUUUGGUACCGUCAAAGGCUCACGAACCAACCCCAGUGUUCUUCCUGAUGAAUCAGUGAAUCCAAGGUUAGCAAAGAUUUUGGAGAAGGUUGCUGUUAACAGAGAGCUUAUAGUUGCUCUUGCAAACUCAAAUGUGAAGGAAAUGUUGGAUUUGUGGUUCACUAAUAUUAAGAGAGUGGGCAUAUCUAAUUAUCUGGUUGUUGCUUUGGACGAAGAAAUUGCUAGAUAUUGUGAAUCGAAAGAUGUUCCAGUUUAUAUGAGAGACCCAGACAAAGUCAUUGAUUCAGUUGCGAGGACCGGAGGUAACCAUGCUGUCUCCGGGUUAAAAUUUCGUGUUCUGAGGGAGUUUUUGCAGCUCGGGUAUAGUGUUCUUCUCUCAGAUGUCGAUAUUGUGUACUUGCAAAACCCUUUUGAUCAUCUAUAUCGCGAUUCGGAUGUAGAGUCCAUGACUGAUGGUCACAACAAUAUGACUGGUUAUGGUUACAACGACGUCUUUGAUGAGCCAGGAAUGGGUUGGGCUCGAUAUGCUCAUACAAUGCGUAUGUGGGUUUAUAACUCUGGUUUCUUCUACAUUCGACCAACAAUUCCUUCAAUUGAGCUAUUGGAUCGUGUGGCCAAUCGACUCUCUAAGGAGCGGGCUUGGGACCAGGCAGUGUUCAAUGAGGAACUCUUUUUCCCCUCUCAUCCCGGGUACGAUGGACUUCAUGCUUCCAGGAGAACUAUGGAUUUCUAUCUCUUUAUGAACAGCAAGGUCCUCUUCAAGACCGUGAGGAAAGACGCUAAACUGAGUAAGUUAAAGCCGGUGAUUGUUCACGUUAAUUACCAUCCCGAUAAGUAUCCUAGAAUGUUAGCUGUUGUGGAAUUUUAUGUCAACGGGAAGCAGAAUGCACUGAAACCUUUCCCUGAUGGUUCAGAGUGAUGGAGAUUGUUCCCCCUAAUCAUACAUAAACUCAGGACAUUUUUACUUUGUGUUCAAAGGAAUUGUAACGUAUAUGUUCGAAUGUCAUACUUUGUGUUCAAAACAAUAUCCAGAGAGUUGUAGGAUUUAAGGCCAAUUUUUUUCUGUUUGAAAUCGUUUUAAGAAUUGAAAUCCUGUGAUAUCA